AUGUCAACUGGACAGAUAAAUGUGUGCGAGUCAAAUUCAAUGAGUUUUACUCAUAAUCAACACAGCAGUGCAAUUUUAGAAAAAUUACGUUUGCAAAGAGAGGCUGGAAAAUUUUGUGAUGUUGUUUUAUAUGUUGAAGAUCAAAAAUUUUACCUUCACAGAAAUAUUUUGUCAUCUUUUUCUCCUUAUUUCGAAUCAAUAUUUCAAUCGAAAAAGUCAGCUAUCGAGAAAUUCAAUAUAACAUGUCAAAGUUCUAAAAUAUUUCAAUGCUUUGUUAAUUAUAUGUACACAGGAACAAUUAUUAUAAAUAAUACUAAUGCAACUGAAAUGUUUAAACUUGCACAUCACUUACAAGUAUCUAAAUUGAAACUACAUUGUGCAGAAUAUUUUGAGAGGUAUUUAAAUUUACAAAACUGUUUAAAUGUCAAACACAUGGCCGAUGUGUACAAUAUGCCAUUGCUUAGUAAAUAUGCUUCUAAUUAUAUUAGAAAUCACCUUGAUGAUAUUUUAAAUAGUUCAGAAAUACUGGAGCUUGAUAUUAAUGUAAAAAAAAGAGAAAUGCAGUUGAAAUCAGUUUUAAAGUUAGUUAAAUGGAUGGAAAUAAAUGUCCAACACAUAACUGAAAUAAUUGAAAAUGAAAGUUUAUUUGUUAUUAGUGAAGUGUCUUUAUAUUUAUUACUUAAUCAUUUAAAUGAAAAUGGUUUAUCAAUUGAUAAGUUUCUAACUGUGUAUGAUGCUCUCAGUCAAAAAUAUGAUUAUCUUCAAAAUGAAAAAGAAAUGGAAAAUACAGGAACAGUGUGCAAAUUACUUAGAGCCAAUCCUAUUGCUCGAUUAGCAGCUUUACGAUCAGCUUUGGUAGCUAGAAUGAGGAAAAACGGUUCAGAAAAAUUUUUAAAAAAAAAAGAAGCUAGUGAUUGUGAAGGGGACACUACAGAAUUAUAUUUAAAAUGUCAUCUGUGUAAUCAUUUUUCCAAUGAUACAACUUCUUUAGAACAACAUUUAAGCCUUGUGCAUUCUAGGGAUGUUACUUAUAAAUGUGGAGUUUGCGGAUUUGUUUGUCAAUGGAAUAAUUUAUAUUUUCAACACAUAAAAGGACAUUUUCCUGGUCCCCCAUAUAAAUGUGAUUCUUGCGAUUUUACCAAUGAAAAAUUAAAUUCUAUUUUAACUCAUCGAUCUGUACAUGCUCAAGGUAAAAUUCAUAGAUGUCCUCAUUGCAACUUUCGUUCAAAAUCUCAGGCUAAUAUUUUAGUGCAUUCAAAAUGUCAUUUUACACAAUACCAAUCGAUGGAUAAAAUAGGGCCUUCAAUUACGGAUAGACCUUAUGUUUGUGAUUUAUGCGGAUUUAGUAGUAAAUAUUUAAGUCAUUUAAUAGCCCAUAAAAGAAUUCAUUCUGGUGACAUAUACAGGUGUUCCUAUCCUCAUUGUAAAUACACGACGGCUAAAAAAUCACAAUUGUUAUCCCAUGGAAAGAGCCAUCAAGGAGUUAGACCUCAUUGUUGUAAUAUUUGUGGUAGAGGAUUUUUAGAAAAAAGUCAUUUGGUGAGACACGAAAGAAUACAUUUAGAAGAAAAACCUUUUAAAUGUUUGGAAUGCGAUUAUGCAAGUUCAAGACGUGAUAAACUUAAAGAACAUCAGGCUCGUCAUCACGGUGAUAAUGCUUCUGCUAAGGUUCCUUACAAAGCAAGAUCAAACAAAAAACCGAAUCAGGUUUUAAUCAAAGGAUUUAAUGAGUCGAAUAAUACGAGAAUGCAUCAGAGUUCAAACGGCAACGAAGUUACAACGGACGUUAUUUCUCAAAAUCAUAAUAUGACGUCAUCAAAUAUAAACGCUUAUACGGGAUUUACCAACAAUGAAUCUCACGUUCAAAAUGUUUCAACUCCAACUUCUGCAAGUUUAGAUUUUCAUCAUCAGCAAAUAUUAAACACUGGUAAUAGCACGAGAGUAAAAGAUCAUGGUACACCCGGAGCAAUAGGAACAAUGACGAAUCAAACUUCCGGUCAAGUUGUUCAAACUUCCGGUCAUCAAAUGAACGAAUAUCCGACUGCUCUUAUGUCAUUAUUUUAA